AUGUCCACUCCAGACCCCAACGCCUUCAUACCCUUGCUCGCGCCCCUCUUCAUGGUCGUUCGGGCCGAAGUAGGCGUUUAUGUUAUCACCUUCGAUCAAGAGCUGGCACUUUUCUGGCGACGCAAGAAGACUGGCGCGACCUGGCUGUUCCUCGCCAAUCGUUACCUCGCGUUGCUCUGCUACGCAGUUCUCGGCGCUGCCACAUACGCACCUAUGUCCGAUCCUAGGUACGUUGCACGCUCAGUGCAGAUUUUCCAAUAUUCCGUCACCGCCAUCGAGUACCUACCAUUCGCCUUGUUCUCCGGGCUGCGGGCUCUCGCUCUGAGCGGAAUGAACUGGUCACUCACUAUCUGGAUAAUCAUCCUUGCUUCUAGCCCUUUCUUCGGCUCCAUCUGGCAGCUUGCCUCUGGCGUCUCCGGCGCGAACCAGCCACCGUUUGGCUGCGGGGCAGAAUUCAACGGGACGCCUCGGCAGCAAUUUAUCCGUGAGCGCACGCGUCUGCUAGGGUAUCUAGGAACUAUGUACUUCUUGCUCUUCACGGUCAUAAACACCAUCCAGUUGGCUUUCGCCAUUGUCUCGUACUUUUUCGCGCUGGAGACCAUCGGGAUCGUCUCCGCCUUCACGGCCCCCUUGCAAGCCAUCAUGACGUGCCGCUUCUUGAUUGCGUUGCAGUCGGCCGAUCGGCGCGUCGUGGGCGGCGGGUCGACCUCCGGCGUCAAUACGGAUGGGCAGGACACCGGCGCAGACGGCGGAUACACACUCCGCUUUGCGUCUCGCAUCGUCGGCUCCAUCAGCAGGGACCUCGGCAGGAGCUAUCUUGGUACCGCGGACGAGUUCGAUGAGAAUGAGCUUGCAGUCGAUGAAGAGGACAUACCCGACCUAGUCCCUGACAGUCCGGCUCAAGGCCACACGGACUCUGCGGGCGACCACGGCUCAGCGUGCUCGAAGGAGGAGAAACAUCCCUCGUCGUCUCAAGGUGAAGGUUUGGAGGUGUAA